CCUGGAGAGCUGGACGACGUGAACAUCGACUGGGACAGACUCUUCGGAUAUAUGCCAUGGAUCAAGAGGCUGGACUUGACCAAGGUGCCGCUGUUGAGCCGCCAUUUGCCACGGAUUCUCGUGGCUGCGUCCAAUAGAUGCCGACAUAUGGAGUAUUUGAUCCUUCCAGGCAAGAGCGACUACGACUCCACGGUGAAAGGUCCUGAGAUCGAGAAUGUCAUGACAACGUUGGUUAAAGCUCUGGAGACGUGGUAUGUGAACGGCACUUGUAGAGGUUUGAAGCAGCUCACGGUACCGGCCCGAACUGAAGAAGAUCACUUCCGUGCUAGUGCUCAGUACAUUCAAGCCGUGGUGCAAUUCUGCCCGAACAUCGAGUACCUCGAUGGGUAUAAGAAGUGUCUGUUCUACGGAUCUACAUACUGUGACGAAAGUUGGCUGCUCACCUUUGAGGCGUGGGAGGCCUUCAACGCCUCUUGUACAGCUCUGCGGGAGUUUAACUGGUGUGUUGUGCCAUUCGCGGAUCGGUAUUUCGAAAUCUUCGGAAACCACGUCAAACCGAAGCUGAAAUCGCUGUCGCUUUCGGCGAACGCGAGCUUCCACUACUUCUACUUCUUCGACAACUACCCCGGAGUAGCCGGUUUCCCGGAGCCCGAUUUCCUUGACGAACGAACGGGCUAUGGUUGUCGAGCUACGGACGCCAGUACCGUGCUAAGAGCAUGUCCAUCCCUGACCGAGUUGCACAUCGAGAUCGAUUUCUGCAUCAACAAUGAGAGACCAGACCCAUACGUUAACACGGACGUGUAUGGAGACGCGUUUUGGGAAGCUGCAGCAACGCACUGCUCAUUGCUAGAAACAAUCAUGGUGUCGGACGUGGCAGGGCGUGAGUAUGUCAAAGUUCGGCCCUUCGAGACGCAGACGGACCGCACACUCCUGAUCCUGGCAGGACUAAAGCGAUUGUCAAAGUGCCACCUACCUCCAGCUCGGUUGACUGGCAGUGGCAUCUUCGCCUAUCUGCGCCGUGUAUCCGAGAUGGAAGGAUUGGUCGGCCAGGAACGCCACCUCACCAUUGCAAUUGGAGGUCGACAGCGCGAAAAGGUCGCGAGCUUCUACAAAGUGAUCGUGAACCUACUGAAACUCCUCUCGGAGACGAGAGAGGAAGAUCUGGACGCGGCACUUUGCCGAACGAAGACGAAGCUGCAUAUUGAAAAUCCGUACUACCGGAAGGCCGACAGCAGUUGGUGUGAGGAGUACAUGCGCGACAAGUUG